AUGACGAUUGAGCCUGGUUAUGGAGCGGCACCUGUGAACCUCAAUAUUAAGACAGGAGGACGGGCUUAUGGAUCUUCUGGUGCAAAAGUUAAAGGCGUGGAUCUAGAUGCACCAGGGAAUAUUAAUGGUGUACCCCUUCUGGAAGUAGAUUUAGAUUCUUUUGAAGAUAAACCUUGGAGAAAGCCAGGGGCUGAUCUCUCUGAUUAUUUCAACUAUGGGUUCAAUGAAGAUACCUGGAAAGCUUACUGUGAAAAACAAAAGAGAAUACGAAUGGGUCUUGAAAUUUUACCAGUUACCUCAACCACAAAUAAAAUUACGGCUGAAGACAAGGCUAUGGAAGUAAGACCAAGUGCAGAGAUUCUCGAUGGCAGAUACCAUCUUUUUAAGGUGAAUUUUAGUAAACUUUUGUUGGUUGCUGUCAUUUUUGUUGAGUAUUGCUUCCCGUGCCAGCGCAGACCGAUAGAAGAACAACUGAAAUGGACGUAGCCAUUAUUUCAGACUCUCAUCUUACGUCAGUGACAUUCUGCAUAUGUCACAAAAUGGUGAUUAAAAAGUCUUGCUUUGUUCGUCACCUUUCUACGAGCAUGUGAGUUAAUGGCCUGGUGAACUAACCAGUUUCUCAGUGAAAUUAAUUUUCCUUUAUGUGAUGGUUUAUUUUUAGUUGUAGUGCAUUUGUUUGUGCAGAUUAUAGAAUUUGUGCAGAUGUGCUGGGGAAGCUUUUGUAGAUUAUGGCAUGUUUAUUUUUCCUGUGGCCUUUCAGCUCUUACUGUGUUUUAUAAGACUUAUCCUUGGCAACUCUGAGAUUUGAAAAUCAAUCUUCCAUAUUUUUCUGUUGGCCUUUGGGAAUUAGAUGGCAAUGAAUCAAGUUAUAUAUAAUAUUUUUCUGUUCGGAAAUGCUGAUUUUCAGAAAGCAGAAAAAUCUGUGUGACGGGGUUUAUCUUAAGGAUUGAAUGUUGGGGUUUUUUUCAACUUCUCAUUUUCUCAUUUAUUUUUUUGUUAGAUGCUAAAGUUGAAAUUAGAAUACAAAGGUUAUUUAUUUUGCUUAUUUGCAAUGUACAGGUAUUUUUAUUUGCCCUCAUAUGCUACUGGAGGGUAUCCAGUCAUUUUAACUUUUUCUUAGCAAGAACAGAUCAGAAGCUCCCUGGGGCUUUUUGCCUUUCUCAGUUAUCAUUAUAAUAGUGUUAUGGAAUGGUGGAAACGGUGGGCAAUGGGAGUUAC